AUGACCCUGAGUUGUCCAUUAAUUCCAGCUGACACUCUUGCGGGGAGCACUAACGUGGAACCCCUCAUUUUCCUUCUACAGUUCUCUAGCCAGUCUGAGGCCUCUGACAGUAACCAGCAGUUACAACAUGCCAUGGAGGAGCGGGCUCAGCUGGAGACCCACGUAGGCCAGCUGAUGGAGUUGCUGAAGCAGCUCCAGAUCGAGAGAGACCAGUAUGCAGAGAACCUGAAAGGAGAGAGUGCCAGGUGGCAGCAGAGGAUACAGCAAAUGGCAGAGCAGCCUCCAGCUGGGCCUUCUGAAGUUGAAGAGCAGCUGCAGAAGAAACUGGAGAAUCUGAAGGGACAGCUGAAGGCCCAGGUGCAGGACAAUGAGAGCCUGAGCCUCCUGAACCGGGAGCAGGAGGAGCGGCUACUGGAGCCAGAGCGGGCGGCCGAGCGCUGGAGUGAGCAGGCAGAGGAGCGCAAGCAGAUCCUGGAGAGCAUGCAGAGUGACCGCAUCACCAUCAGCAGAGCACUGUCCCAGAACCGAGAGCUAAAGGAGCAGUUGGCUGAGCUGCAGAAAGGCUUUGAGGGAGCCCGCCGGGCUCUGCAGCGGGCGCCCAUGAACAUCAAGGCUCCAACAAAGCUGGCGGUGGGCAGAGUGAGGUUCUUCGGUCAACACCAGGGAGAGGUCAACUGCUCUGCCUUCUCCCCUGAUGGCCAGACCCUGCUCACAGCCUCAGAUGAUGGCUGUGUGUAUGUAUGGGAGACGAAGAGUAGACGACUGCUGUGGAGAAUGGCAGCCCACAGAGGCCCAGUGAAGUUCUGCCGCUUCUCCCCCGACGGCCACCUCAUUGCCAGCUCCUCCAGCGACUGCACUAUUCGCCUUUGGGAUGUGGCAAGAUUCAAGUGUCUACAUGUGCUGAAAGGUCACCAGCGGAGCGUGGAGACAGUCAGUUUUAGCCCUGACUCAAAGCAGCUGGCGUCAGGUGGCUGGGACAGGAGGGUCAUUCUCUGGGAGGUGCAGUCUGGUCACAAUGUACGCCUCUUGGUUGGGCAUCGUGAUUCCGUCCAGAGCAGUGACUUCUCCCCCAAUGCAGACUCUCUGGCCACUGGUUCCUGGGACUCGACUGUGCAUAUCUGGGACCUGCGGGGGGCAACCCCAACUGCCUCCUAUCAGGAAUUGGAGGGCCACACUGGCAACAUCAGCUGCUUGUGCUACUCAGCAUCUGGGCUCUUGGCAUCUGGCUCCUGGGACAAGACCAUUCGCAUCUGGAAGCCCACAACUAGCAGCCUGCUUUUCCAGCUCAAGGGCCAUGCCACCUGGGUGAAAAGCCUAGCCUUUUCUCCUGAUGAGCUGAGGCUGGCCAGUGCUGGUUACUCACGCACAGUCAAAGUCUGGGACUGCCACACAGGAGAAUGCCUAGAGACCCUAAAGGGCCUGCUGGAUGUGGCCCACGCUUGUGUUUUCACUCCCGAUGGCAAACUUUUGGUGUCAGGGGCUGCUGAUGUGACAAGAUGACAAGUCUACCACUCCAAGUCUCUUCCACGUAACUUACUACAGGCCUAAAGUAAGACCUUGGCUGCAUGCAGGGACUACCCCAUCCUGUAACCAGACCUCACCCACUGUAGAUGAGUGGUCACCUGGGCCACCCCUCCCCACCGGCUCCAGUGGCCGGGUGAAACAGGAAGCAGAGUAAGCCGGUCUCGCACUUUAUUGCUCCCCAUCAGGCCUUGACUGCGUACUUGCGCAGUGGGUACAGCCUCGCCUUGCGCUGCUGCUUCUUGGUCUUCAGCUUCUCUUCAUGCUUGGUGAGCUGGCGGCGCAUGGCUCUAGUCCUCUUGGGUCGCAGGUCCAGAGGCUUGUACUUCUUGCCCUGGGACAGAGACAACAGGCUGAAUCUGAGUAUGAGGGGCUACAGGGAGGUGCUGAAGCAGGAAAGCACAUGCGACAAGAAGCUGGACUUCUCCAGGCAAUUUGUAGGGCACCCAGAGCCUUUCAGCUGGGAACUGCCAAUAAGGUACUAGAAGGUUGGCAGGCCUACUACUUGUACACUGAACCCCUAAUUUCAAGACUACAGGGCUAAACUUCAUUCUUCCUAUGUAUUAAUUGCUAGUAACUAAGUAAAAACCACUGCACAAUCCAAAGGGCACAAGACACACACUGGGGUUCUGUGGUGGCUACUGCCACUUGGCUACAAUUAACUGGAUGGCCCAUCAGGCAAGGCUUACUAGUGCUCCAGAGGCUUGGCCAAGGUCACCCUGACACAAGGGCUGACACCUUCCUCUAUCUCCUAGUCUUUCCCAAGUGUUCUAAAGUAGGCAGUCCAUAUGGAGAGUAGCCCCACCAAGAACUUCAAAGCAAGCUCCCCAGCAGCCAUUUGAAAAGCAGAGCAGGGCAUGCACAAAGCCUUUAAUCCCAGCCCCCAAGAAGGCAUCUGUGUA